AUGCAACACGCAUGGAAGCGUCUUGAGGCAGAGUACCGUGACACUCUCCGCCACAACGGCACGUCAGGGAAGGCGCCCAAGCGGAAGAAACCCUGGUUUGAGUAUGUUUACCUCAUUAAGAAGCUCCCUGCCAACGUUAAACCGCAUGUGCUGGAUGGUGGCGGAGCAGGGGAGACCCACACUGAUCCAGGAGCACCAAUACACGUCGACGCCGAGAUGGGCGAGGGUGGAAUGCGUUCCCGAGUCAACGAGACCGCCACCAUGGCGGCAGCGAAAGUCAUCGCCGACACAAUCACAACAUGCAAUGCUCAGGCGUUGCGGCAGCUUAGCAACACGGUGCAACUCCUCGUGACAGCCAUCCACGUGGCUGCCACGCUGUGGAGGGCUCCGCCUCCACAACCCCAGCCCGUGGCGGCGCCGCCGCCCGCCAAUGCGCACGCCCUCACAGUCACGCAUGGCAACGAAGACUCGCCCGCCUUAGGCGGAGAGGCUGGCGACGUUCCCCACGAUGUGGACGAUGAGGCGCGCGAUGACAAGACGUCCGACUAG